AUGCAGGGGCGAGUAGGGGAUGGACCGGGAGGAGCCGGCGCGAUCUUCGUUGGGGGGUUGCUUACCGUACCGGCGCCGACCUCUCGUCGCUCUUUCCGUUACGACGGCCCUCGACCCCCUCCUUCGGGGCAGACGCAGACGCAGCCGGAGAGCGGCAGUGAGGAGGAUGAUGAGGAGGAGGAUGGUGAGGGCGAGAAGGAGGAGGACACUGAGGGGAGCGGGGAUGACAGCGAGGCGGCGUGGAACCCAGAGACGCAUGGCGGUGGGGAGGGGGGAGAUGAUGAUGAUGAUGAAGACCACGAGAUGGAUGGGUUGGAGCCAGAGGGGCGGGAGGAGGAGGUGGGAGAGGGUGGUGGAAGGGCGGCGACAGAGGCGGGAUCACAGCAUGUGCGUGAAGGGGGAGGGAGCUUGGGGGUUAAGGUGGGGGGGAGAAAGGCCGUGACCAUUAGGGAGCCGAGGCAGAGGAAGAAGGCCAACAAGUUGAGGGAGCGGGCGUAUCCCUGCACGUUCACUGGGGAGCCCUUGGGCGAGGGUGUGAUCGCUCCCGAGUUCCUAGACGAGGACGGAGGGUCCGAGAGUAGUAAGGGGACUGGCAAGGGGGAGACGUUUCCCCGUGGGGGCUACAAGGGAGUGCCGGAUGGCUACGUAUAUCAGUGGCCACAUGCCAAGACUUGGCCGCAGCUCGCCAAGGAGAAAGGGAUGGCGAUUGGUGGAGGUCAUGGUUCAGGCGGGAUGGAGCGGUGGAUGACAACCAAACUGACCCCGGUGCAGCUACGGCAGGUGAUCACAAAGCUGGUGGUCACCUGCGACCUCCCCUUCCGCAUCGUCGAGGCCGAGACUUUUCGUGAGCUACUCAUCCUGCUAAACCGCAACUGCGCGCAGAAGAACUUCAUCCCCUCGUGCUGGACGGUUUCCCGCGACACAGUGGUCCAUGCGGCUGCCGCUCUUCAGUCAGCCAUUGCGGAGAUGCUGACGAAGGAGGGGGAGCUGGGGUGCAGGGUGUCGUUCACCAUCGACAUGUGGACGUCGCCCAACAACAGGGCGUGGCUAGUGGUAACGGGUCACUGGAUUCACACUUCCCUUUCUCUCCGCCAUUAA